AUGAAGGAAGCAAUGCCGCAAGUGUUUCCAGAAACCAGGCACCAAUUCUGCAUGUGGCACAUAAUGACCAAAGUGGGGGAGAAGGUUGGUGGGAAAUUAGCAAAAGACGAAAAGUUCAGAAAGGAAUUAAAUGUAAUCGUCUGGGACAAAACCUUGGGACGUGAGGAGUAUGAAAUACAGUGGAACACAUUAAUGACAGAGUACAGCCUCGAAGAGCACAAGUGGUUCAAACAAAUGUACGAGAUUAGAUCAAGUUGGAUAGAGGCAUACUACAACGACGUGUUCAUGGGAGGGCUAAUGCGAACUACAUCCAGAUCAGAGUCAGAAAAUGGACUAUUUGGGGGCUGCAUCAACACACAUGGAACAUUGUUAGAAUUCUUCACCCAGUUCGAAAGCGCAAUCGAUAUGCAGUGGCACAACCAAGCACGAUUAGUCGCAGAGUGCGAAACAUCUUACCCACCCAUGAAGACACCACUACAAAUUGAGAAACAUGCAUCUUCCCUAUACACCAAUACAAUUUCCUACGACAUCCAAACAGAGAUAUUAGAAGGAAGUUUCUCAUGCAAAAUAUCUAGAAAGGAACAAGCAACUGAUCACGUACUAUAUACAAUCCAAGAGGGCAAAAAGAAGAGCUUCACAGUACAAUAUUAUAAAGAGAAUGAGACAGUGAGAUGUUCCUGUGGGAAAUUCACUAGGGUGGGAAUAUUAUGCAGACAUGCGUUUGCAGUACUGAAGGAUGAUGAUGCAGAAGAGAUGUUGGACUGGAUACUAGAGCACAAAAAUAAAUUAUUGAAGACCAAAGAGAAGAGACAUGAUACAAAUAACAAAAACGAAUUACUGGAGACAUUUUAUGGCACACAGGCAACAACAGCUGUACAAGUGAAACCUCCACAAGUAUCAAAGAACAAAGGGAGUGGAAAGCGAUUAAAGAGCACAUGGGAGAAGGCACAAGCAAAGAAAAGAAAAGAUGGACGCACAUGCCAUUACUGCGACGAAGAAGCGUGCCAUGACAGCCGGAACUGCCCGCUAAAGCCACCAACGGGAAAAAAAACAAAGACCAAAAAGAACGGAGAUCCAAAGAAUUGA